AGAUUGAUGCCAACAAAAUUUGUCUCAUUUGCUCGAUGCUGCAUUUUCGUCAGUGAGCGAUACGCUUCUGCCGCAGCUGAGCAAAAUGUUGUGGUAAAGUUGAAAGAAAUUCUCCGAACAGCUGUAGGAGGUGAUUUGAAUGCAGCAGUGAAUAGUUUUGAACACUUGAGAGAAACCAACGACAUACCUGACUGGGGAGUUGUGAAAAUGUCAAGUAUUCUGCUGGAACACGGACAAGAAAAACAGUCGGAAAAUCUGUUGCGACAACACUAUCUUGACUACGGAGGAGAACAUCGCUUGGCCCGUAAAUCACUCAUCAAAGAGGAGCAGGUGGUUGCUGCACUUCUACGCGUGCUGAAUUCGGACGAUGUCAAAGGUGUUCAGCAGGCUCGUCAACUGUAUCAGUGGCUUCUAAAGGGCAAAUACUGCACAAACAAGGAUAUGUUCAUCGUUCUUUUUGUUGAAAAAGCAUACGAGGGCGGCGGAAUGAGUGCAGCACUGGCAGAGUUGAAAGCGUUGGCAAAUUUGGGUAAAGUGAAGUCGUUGUCACGAACUCUACACUUCUUACUUCUUAAAGCCAUGGAACUUCAAAAUGCAGAUGAAAUCUCACAAGUGAGAAGUGCCUUCGCGCCGGAUCUGGUUCCUUUGAACACAGUGGAUAAGAUGAGCGGGCUUAUUUUGCUUGAAUUAGGACGGAAAUCAGAUUUUGUAGAGCAUGUGAAGGGAAAGCGCUUGGAAAACGAUUAUUUCCGUUUUCUGCUAGAUCUGAGUGCCAAGCUGAAAACGCCAUCUGUACUACAGUCCCUGCUCGAUCUCUCCGUUCUUCUCCAAGUUCGACCUCAUGAAAAAGCAUCUCUUUAUGAUGAACUCAUCAAGAUUUAUGGCAAAAGCAAAGAAAUAGAUAGUCUGGAGAAAAUUUGCGAUUGUGUGCUGUCCGAAAAAGAAAAAGAGCAUUACCGGCAGACUAAAGCUCGACUGGCUCAUUUCUAUAGGUGCCUUCGAUUGGAAAUCCCUACAAAACUACUGCGGGCAUUGUGAUUUAUAUAUCUGAAUAAACGAAUCUCAGAG